UCGUGGAAAUUUUCGAUCAGCUGUGGUUUUUUAUUUUUACAUUGCAGCAGAUCUGGGUUAUUCUCUUGAGAUCUUAUCAGUUUUUUUUGUGGCUUGCAGUUUUAAGUUGGCUUUCGGAUUCCGUUCCGUCGAUCGAGCUAGCGUAAACUUAUACUGAGGAAGAUGCUGCGCUGCGUGCAGUCCGCGCGACUGCAUCCCGUCAGCUCGCUGCGCAGCGUGCAGUCGUUCCUGUGGAACUCUGAUUCGUCCGUCUCCCGCUCGCUGGGCACCAGCCCGUCGCAGCAGGCGCUGCUGGACAAAGUUGCUGCCUUCCGGAAGGAGUCGUUGCGGUUGGCGUCGUCGGAGAAGAAGCAGAAAUGCAGCGAGAAAGAAACGUUCGACCUGCACAGUCCGUGCGCGCCCAGCGUCAGCUACGAAGCGGGCUGGAUGGACGGGCUGCGACGCGGCUUCGCUGGCAGCGUCGGCAGGACUCCUCUGAUACGUCUGAAUAAACUCAGCGAAGAAACAGGUUGCGACAUUCUGGCCAAAGCGGAGUACGCCAACGCCGGCGGAUCGGUGAAAGAUCGGGCCGCGCUGUUCCUGCUGCUGGACGCCAUCGAGAAGGGACAGAUCGGGCCCGGCGGCACCGUCGUCGAGGGCACCGCCGGCAACACCGGCAUCGGACUGGCCCACGUCUGCCUGGCGCUCGGCCUCAAAUGCGUCAUCUACAUGCCCAACAACCAGUCCGCCGAGAAGAUUGACAUCCUGCGGACGUUGGGCGCGGAAGUGACGACCGUCCCCGUGGUGCCGUGGUCGGACGAGAACAACUACAACCACCAGGCGCGCCGCUACGCCGAGAAGCUGGAGAACGCCGUGUGGACCAACCAGUUCGACAACACGGCCAACCGGCGCGCGCACCAGGAGACCACCGGGCCGGAGAUCUGGAAGCAGACCUCCGGGAAGGUGGACGCCGUCGUCUUCGGCACCGGCACCGGCGGCACCAUCUCCGGCGUGGGGACCUUCCUGAAGGAGCGCAGCCAGGACAUCCAGGUCGUCCUGGCCGAUCCGCAGGGCAGCGUCCUCUACAAGUGGUUCAAGGAGGGCAAGCUGGAGCGGACGGAGGGCGUGGGUGCCGGGGGGAGCAUCACCGAGGGCAUCGGUCAGGGGCGGGUGACCAAGAACCUGGAGGGGGCGCCCAUCGAUGACGCCAUCGUCGUCACGGACGACGCCGUUAUCAACUACACAUUCCGGUUGCUGCACGAGGAGGGCUUCUUCUGCGGGGCCUCCACCGGCCUGAACGUGGCCGCCGCCGUGGAGGUGGCGCGCCGGCUGGGCCCGGGCAAGACCGUCGUGACGUGCCUGUGCGACACCGGCCACAAGUACUACAAGCGCCUCUUCAACCGCGAGGCCCUGACGAAGGCUCAAUUACUGGAUUACGUCCCGGAGAAGUACCGCGCAGCCCUGGCGUAAAUGGAAGUUUAUUUUGGCUUUCCAUCUUUUUUUUACAGAGGACUAUGAAGCUUUACGGAGAUUUUAUUACAGCAAGAGGCAUUCGUUAGUUUUUACUCACCGGGAAAAUUAAUAUCGUCCGGCUGUGGCUGGCAGAUUAGCGUUUUAUUGAUUUUAAAAGGAAUAAAAAUUCAUCGGAAGAAUGA